AGGCUGGGUCACAGCAGAUAGGAGUGACAAACAAACAUUCUCUCCAUGGUUUCCUCGAAAUCCCGCCCGUGACUGAGGAGAAUCCUGUUCGUGUUUGGGCAAGGAUUUCGGGUCAUAUUGUGUGGCAGGAAACGACAUGUCCCUUGUUGCUAGCGAUUACGCCACAUACCGGUAUAGUGAUGGAAGUCGAGGCCACCAAUCCAGUGCAAAUUCUACGGGCCCGCCCGACCUUCCUCUACUGAGUACAGUACCGGUACACCCUAGUGCUCACCCUUUGUACGGUACAAGAUCCAAUGGCUAAUGUUUUCCAGGUCCUGCCCAAGCCGGCAACGAGCCUCCGGGGCAACAGCUUAUUUCUCGCAACGCCACCGACAGGGAAGCUAGAUUCUUUAGUGGAAUCCGUGUCCGUAGCGACAAACGCACCAUUUCGGGCAUUGCAAACUCGCACUUUCGUAUUCGAUACGCCAGCUAGCCUGGUUUUGACCCAGCUCAUAUCUUCCCCCACGGGUAUGAAAGUCUUUGGACCCGGCCUGGUUGUGGCCGCUGGAUCACAGACAUGGGUGACGAUACCGGAUCCUCGGGGAUCAACUUAUCGUAAAACGAUCGGGUUUCCUGUCAACUCAAUUAUACACUAAAUCUCUGAUGGGUACCGGUACCUGUUAUCCCUUAACCCGGACGGUGGCUACAAGGUAGUUGUGUUUGAGGACGAUGUUUUUGGGUAUGGUGAUUAGCAUCUUUCACCCCAUGUGCCAAAACUCAGCCGACCUCCACCGUGUACGACCACCUUCCAGGGUGGAAUUUCUGCCAUCAUAAGAGGAGCAGGGGAGCCAAUCUUCGAGCACGCCGGAACCGAUAUGGUGGGUGAGAUCCUUGCUGGUCCGAAUGGGAAAGGGGGAUUCGAAUUGGGGAUAGUUAGAGAGGUUUCCUGAGGGUAAUUAUUUUGGCACCUGAGACGUGGUGCAGCCGUUGGGAUAAUAUUGCUAACUCAGGUAGUACUAGUGAUUUGUGGCCCCACAUGACCCUAGAAGUUUCAAAGUGGAAACGCAUUACGAGGGAAACCGACCAGAAAGGAGCUGGUGAGGGAUAUGCUGGAAAUCGGGGGGCUUUCCUCUUUUUAUUAUACUCUCCUCGAGGAAGCGUUUCGCGUUUCUAAUCCACGGGAGAUUUCUUCCUCCUUUCACUCAUCUUACCUCCCUUUCGGCUGGCUCUACCCGCACGGCGAGUGCCGACACUGUACUGUACUACACAUAGCCGAUUGGAGAAUGCUCUUCCCCGUUUAUCCGGCCAUGGUUUGAUAUCUUGUCGAAUUACCGUAAAACAAGCCAGUCGUGCGGGAACCGGCUACCCGCGACAUGGCACGUCGCAGGACUAGAUACGCAGCGCAGACCGUAAACAGUAAAAGAGUAUUAUUAGCACGGUUCACGCCGCGACACCCGCACCCUACCGUUAUGGACUCCUGCGAGAGACUCCGGUCGAGUCCCCCCCCCCACGCGUCACCCAAAUAACAUUCUAACUGCACCCUUUUAGCACACCGUACGGAAUAUACGGUAUUCCCUCGGCGGAAAAUGAAUAAAUAAUACUACGCCCGAUAUGCGCACGCCGCGUGCUGCAACCUUGCGAUAUUAGUUUUCAUACCGCUGUCACACACCUUAAGUAGCACUCAUCCAGCGAGCCUCGGGAGCAGGGCACGUUCACCGUCACAAACAAUCACUCGUAUUGGGCCACUGGCAGCUUGGCUCGCGUCUCUAACACCGUGAAAUAUGGAACAAUUGGGCUUCACACUGGGACGUUGGAGUCGCCUCUGCUAAUAAGGUCGGCCCGUGUUUACCUUUUUUUUUUUUGAUUCUUCCUAGCCCGAGGGCGAAAGUGGAUUUUUCGCAGUGUUUUUUUUUCUUCCUUCCUCUUCUCCCCGAUCCGAAGGGGAAAACCCCGUACCGUGCUUUUCACCUCAGCGCCUUACAGUGCAGUACCGUAUCAUGCCGUGCUAAGUAGGUCGCUGGGACUGCGGGGGAAGUAAACGAGCGAUAGCAAUGGAUAAGAGGAACAAUACAGGGUAUGAUAUCAUAGAUAAAGGGGGGAAAAAAAAAAUCUAUCAACAAUGCUUUUUAC